AUGGAGUCCGUUCAGACCUUCGGAAGGAAAAAGACUGCGACCGCCGUCGCGCACUGUAAAACCGGCCGCGGGCUCUUAAAGGUUAACGGGUGCCCUGUCUCGCUCAUUAGGCCCGAGAUCCUCCGCCUCAAGGUCUACGAGCCCCUGCUUGUUGCCGGCAUUGACAAAUUUGCCAACGUCGAUAUCCGUGUCCGCGUCACCGGCGGAGGUCACGUGUCUCAGAUCUAUGCUAUCCGUCAGGCGAUCUCAAAGGCGAUCGUUGCGUAUUACCAGAAGUAUGCCGAUGAGCAGAGCAAAAUAGAGCUCAAAAAGGCUCUUAUUUCGUACGACCGCACACUGCUUGUCGCUGAUCCGCGGCGUUGCGAGCCCAAGAAGUUUGGUGGCAGCGGUGCUCGCUCGAGGUACCAGAAGUCUUAUCGUUAG